AUGACUCUGAAGGCCAAUGCCCUGAAGAGCGUCAAGAAGCGCAAGCUGGCCGAGAAGAUCGUGCUGAAGGCCAUGAAGACCACCGGGCACAAGUUUUCCCAUCACUUCGACCAGAAGCAGGAUCGAGCACUGCCGGCAAACCCUGCGGAUGCUGGCCGUGACAUGCUGACCAAGGAAGAGAUCAUUGCCUACAGGGCAGACAAGAAGGCGAAGCGAGCUCGCGAGGCGACGAAUGCGUACUGUGCCUUCAACGUCCUGGAGGCCUUUGUCUCUGUGGUGGGCCUAGGUGACGACAUCAAUGCAAUCAUCAGGGUCUGCCCUCCGCCUCUUACCAACGGUGAGUCGGAGCUCGCUUGCCAGGUGGACGCGGGCAUCCUUGUCACCUGGGUGGGGAAUGCCGCCGCACGGUUGGCUUACGCUGCCUCGAACUGCGCCAUGACCCUGAACGUGAAUGCCGUGUGCGCCGUGGGCGUUACUGGUCUGGUCGCCGUGAUGGGAGAGUUGGCAGCCACAGCGUCUCUUGCAGCGGCUACAUGCACGGGCGUUCCACCGCAGCUGACCACCUCCAAGGUCAGUGUCCUCGGAGACCAGACCGUUCGAGGAAACCCGCGACGACUACUCGUGGGUGAGGGUCCCAUUGGCGUUGGUGUGCAGUGUGGGGUGAACGUCGGCAUGGUGGUGGCCAACAUUGCCAACAUGGGUAUUUCCAUCAACUCUGCCGUGAACAGCGGCUUUUGCGGCCGCAUUAACCGUCAAGGACCCAUCAACAAGGUCACUGGCGUCUUCGAUGCUCUGUGUACCGUGGACAUUGGCGGCGCGAUUGCCUACAUGAGUCAGGUCAUUGUCUUCAUCAACCUCAUCGUGGUGCACUGCCAGGACUUGCUGGACGUUAGCGCGCUGUGCGGCGCAAGCAUCUCAGGCAUCAUCACCGCUGCCGCUGCCAUGGCUCCCUUCGGUGCAGCUGUGCAUGCGGGCUGCGCCAAGGGCAACAUUCUCAAGGCAAAUCCGGUGUCCGCCGCGAAGCGCGACGCCGUCAGCUCCCUGUACACGGUGCCCACGAUCCCCCACCGCCGCUUGAAGGCGGUGCAAGAGAUGCAGGAUGCCAUGGCCGGCCUCAAGGAGAUCCGCCAAAAUUUGGAGAUGAAGCUCGGCUUUAACGCCUCUCUUCCACGCUUGUACUCCGAGGCCAACAUGCAGCAGCUGCUUCAGCUUCUGGAUGACGGAGUGACUGGUGAUACGGAGAAGUCGUUCAUGCGUGGGGGGUCCUCAGCCUUCACUGCUGAGGACUGUGAGGAGUAA